CAUUGACGCGGUGAUUUCGAAUCCUCGGUCCCGAUACUGAAUUUCGCGGUUGACGAGAUAGCCAGCCGAUUCGUAUUUCAAUUAUUGUGUACCCCAAUUCUAUAAUUGCCCGGAUUCACUAUGACAGAUCCGCUUAGCACAGCUUCUGGUGUUGUGGCCCUGGUGACCUUCGCCUUGCAGUCUAGCGUAACUCUCCAUCGGACCAUCCGCAGCCUUCGGAGCCAAGAGAAGGACGCGCGAGCUCUCAAAGACGAACUUGCCGAUCUAACUAGCGUGUUGGAAACGCUUCUAGAAACGAUCGAGGGCCACCCUAACAUUGAUUUUGGAUCUCUCGCGCUUCCUCUACAACGCUGCGGCAAGACAUGCCAAGAAUAUGGCGAGCUUAUUGCCAAAUGUACUAGGCAUUCCACGAGCUCACGAGCGAGCCUCCGCGAUUGGAUCACUCAGCGGUAUCUCCAAGGAGAUAUUAAUGAUUUUCGAAACAUGUUAUCAGGGUAUAAAUCGACCAUUAACAUAGCUUUAGCAAAUGCAAACAUUCGCUUCGCCGCAAUAACACCGCAAGUUCUGGAGGAUUACAAAGACUUGAUCCUUGACACGACCCUUGAUUUGAAGGAGCAUCUCGAAUCUCUUGAAGAGAAAGUUGGCGACUUACAAGACAGCAUCCCCCAGGACGAUGAAGCUGAAUGGGAGGCUCUUUCGGAGGAGAAGGAGAGCACAGAGCAGGGUCUCAAACUAUGUGCCCAGCUGUCCGCUCAGAUCGAGCAGUUUAUGUCGCUAUCUGCGGAGAAUCCACAGUUCUCAAGCCGCCCAUCAGCACACAAGCACAUCAAAUCGGGCCUCGGCCCUGUAGGGGCUAGCCUCCAGUCUCUUUUGCUUAUUCUGCAAAAGCAUGAGUCAAGCAUCAAACAGCAAAUGGAGGCUCUACGUGUGAGCGGAUUACAUGGGGAUGCCACCGCACAAAUCGAAUCUUUGGAGGAAACAAAGACCGCCAUUCGCCAGUGUAUUCAUGUCGUCUCUGAUGCCGACGAGACUGUGCGAGAGGAGAGACGCAAUGUUUUUGCGGACAUCACCAUGGCCGACGACAGCUACGCUUUCUCUGUGUCCACUGUCGGAGAUUUAGUGACCGCGAGAGGAUUCCAUCUUAGCGGACGUGCCCGUCAUGUUGGUGGGCAGAUCAGCGAUGAAAGCUAUCAAAUGACCGUUGACGCACUUACGAAAUUGGACCUUGCGCACUCUCAGUCCACGCGCCAGAAUAGCCAGGAUCAUGGUCAAAAGACUCAUGGCCCAACACCGGUUCACCCUGAAACCGGGGGUACUAAGACUUUUUAAGACCGUUAUGGACGAGGAAUGAAACUUUCGUUGCCAAACGACGGCAACAGGACACCAGAUGUCCCUUAAUGUUUAAUUUGAGACUGUUGGGGAUGAUUUUCUCCUGACAAACUGUACCCACAGCAGGCAGAUCAAAGCAACCAUAGUUAGGUUACGACGUACUGGGCGCGGCUAACCCCAGGGACAACCCAAAAGUGCACUUCUACUUUUGGAUAAGCUUCGUCAGCCAGCAGGGUUGAAGAUGUGGUCGCAAGCCAAGUAGCCGUCAGCACACAGGCGAAAUACCCUCCUUUCGCUACUGAGAGCAGUGCAGUCUUUUAUAAUGUCCGGGCCAUGGUUUACCAAAUACCUCCUUAUAUUGCUGGGUAGCAAAUAAAACAUAAGUGCCAUCAGCGGUCCGAUAAAAAAGGCUUCAAUUAUGGUAAUAUAUCUUGUCGGGUUUAAUUUAAUGUCCAGUUUUGAUAUUGGCCGGGACUAUCUCCAGCUCCGACUAAACGGGUAUGGCGUGGAGUUUUCAUCACUUUAUCCAGUGUUAAUAUGUGCGCGCAAUUGAUGGUUUUGGUGCUGGUUUUAACUGGGCUGGAAAUUACCUUGGAAUAUCCUUUAAAAUGAUAAAUUUUGCUGGCAUUUGGGCAUUUGGGCAUUUGGUUACGACAGUUUAGGUAACCAAAAUUUCCAUUUAUUAUUUUAUUGUUUAAACAUGGUUGAGCUUGCAACAUACCUCGCGAGGUGACCAAAACGAAUUUCCAAUAUUAUUUUACUCAA